UAAGACCUGGACUGUGCUGUUAAUUUCUCAGUGAGUAUUCAAGUUAAAAUGUAUAAUAAUGCAAUGUGUAGUUCUUCAUAGCCGCUUCAAAGUGCACGAAAUUGAUGAAUUUAACAAUAAAAUGUAAAAAAAAAAUUCUGACUUCCGGUCGGGACACCGAAGUGAUGGCAGCGUGUUAAGAGAAGCGCCCAUUUGAACCGGAGAAAUUUGGAUCAAACCCCGAAAUAAGAUGAGUGAACAUACCGAUGAGAACAUCUAUAAAGACGGGGUAAGAAGACUGCACACUUACCAAAAUUAAAAGAGUUGUGCGAAACAGCGGUUGAGGGGUAGACGCCACGCAAGAACACGGAAAUUGACAACUUAGGCGGGCAGACGACUACUUCCCUCUCAAUGGCAAAUACAAGCAAAGGAAAGACCGACAUGGAUCCUAUCCUCCGGGAGAUAAGGGAAUUCCGUCUCGAAAACAGAAAACAAUUUGACGUGCUCAAAGAAGAUAUCUUGAAAGUAAACGUGAGGCUAGAUGAAGCAGAAAAUAGAAUUGAAAGGACAGAGGAACGAGUUGGCAACGCCGAAACCGCUAUAGCCGAGAUGCUAAAGCUAAACACUGAACUGCUGAAUAAAUUGCUAGACCUGGAUUGCCGAUCUCGACGUGAGAACAUCAGAAUUUAUGGCGUUCCGGAGGGCGCCGAAAAUGAUUCGCCUUCGAUGAAGCAGUUCGUGGAACAAGUACUUCAUAGCGGUCUCGGUUUGGCUGAUAAGGAACUUGAUUUGAACAUCGAAAGGGCACAUAGAUCGCUGGGUCCGACACCACCGAAAGGAGUGCCCCCACGUUCAAUCCUAGUCAAGUUUAAGAAUUUCCUUACAAAAGAGACAUUACUGCGCAGGGCUUGGCAAGGGAAGGGCUUUGUAUGGAACAAAAAUCACAUCAACGUGGACCACGAUUACCCACCAAUGAUUUUGAAGAAACGAAAAGAAUAUGCCGAGGUGCGCAAAGUUCUGAAGGAAGAUCGCAUCCCCUUUCAAACACUUUUUCCUGCGAGAUUACGGGUGAGAUUCAAGGAGGAGACCAAGAUCUACGACACCAUUGAAGAAGCGACUGACGACAUGGCGAAGAGAGGUUACAAUAUCACAACAAUCAGACCGCCGGGGACUACGUUGGAGCAGAUUCAGCGGUUGCAGUGGACAAAAGCAGAGAGAUUGACGACGAGGGAUAACAUCAAUACAGGACGGGCGACGAGCUACAAGGAAAGACUUAGAGCAUUUAGGAGAACACCAUCGCCUUCAUCUGAGAAAUAACUCGUCGGAGGAUUCUGUUUCGUUGGAACGGUCAAGAUGGAAGGCGGGGAGGAGGAAAGAGCAAGUAGACAUUAAAGAACUUCAAACCAUGACACGAUGGAACCCUCCCACCAUACGCACGGGAUCACAUGCACACGUUCUUCAGACUGGACGUCUUUUUCUAUCAAUGGCAGUCAGUGAGUUUAUGUCUGACCUGACUUGGCUGGAGUCCAUGGUGAAGAGUCCAUAGAGGAAGACAAAGACGCCGACCAGAGCAGCGGGGAUCAACAUGCCAGUAUACCAACCCAACCAUGCAAAGUAAAGACCGAUUUUCUCUCCAAAGUAGCGCCUGACAGUGACAUAAAGACAAGCACAUUCAUUUGAGUGAACUUUUGGCUAAUUUUAGAAAUGUGAACAAGUGACUGACAUUUUGAGUGGUUAAUGAAAACAUUUUGAGUUCACUCUCAUCUCACUUUACAGGAGUUUACUCUAGGGCUUUUCACAUAACUGAUUAAGCUCUACAAGACAAACUAGGUUACUCUUUGUCUCUUGCUUCUUCUUGUACUUACAGCCAAGCCCAUAAUUAGGCCACACUAGCACAUCUUCUUUUACUUUUGGGUCGCUAGCUAGCUCGAAUAUUCUGCAUCCACUCACUCCCCUCAUGAAUGGUGGCCAUUUCCACAACACCAAAAAGGAGGACACUUUGUGGUAUUUAGUGAGAAAAGAAAAACCGCAAAAUCCAAUUUAUGUGUAUGUAUUCAAUAUAAUAAAACAGUUUUCUGUAUGUUAACAAUAUUAUCAUAAUACAAUGAUUCUAAAACUAAGGCACAUUUAAAAAAAAAAAAAAUUAUUGCGAGACAAUUUAUCAAUGAUAUAUCUUAACAUGACAGGCCUAUGUGUAACAAAAUAGGAACAAAUAGGUUUUGGAGAAGCCAGAUUAUUUGUUCACAGAAUCUUUAUUUUGUCGUCUAUGCAUCAAUCUUGCAAAGAGCAGCAGUACCAUAAAGCGCAUUAAUGGAUUAAAUGCGCAAACUAAAUUUCCAUGCAAAUACAUAAAUGCAAAAAUACAAAUAACAGUUCUUCAUAGAACUUUUAUAGGCAAACAACAGUUAGGGAAAGAAACAUGUUCAAGAGAAAAAUGUAAAAAAUACAGAAUGGCAAUGCAUGGCUCUGAUGUGGCAAAAGUUUUUUUUUUUUUUAAUUUAAUAUUGCACAUUAAAAUAUUUUAAGGUAUUUACAAUAGUUCCAAAAGAGUCCAUCAUCAACAACUACUGCCCAAUCUAAUGGUAAGCGGUUAACUGUCUGCACGCUAACACAAAGAUUUCUUUAUUAAUUUUUUAAUCUAAUAUUGCGCAUUAAAAUAUUUUAAGGUAUUUACAAUAGUUCCAAAAGAGUCCAUCAUCAACAACUACUGCCCAAUCUAAUGGUAAGCGGCUAACUGUCUGCAUGCUACCACAAAAAACUAGAGCUGUCCCGACUAGUCGACGUUGUCGACGUCAUCGAUGACGUAAAUGUGUCGACGGGCAAAACAUACUGUCGACGGGUAAUGACGGGUUAAAAAAAAAAAAAUUACAUGCGGAUAAAGUUAAGAAUGGCGGGCGCUCGCGAUGCAAGCGGUUGUUACUGGCACCCCCAAGGGGGCCGCUGUUAUUUCAAUGUGACCGGCAUUGUCAGAUUGAGCAAAGAGGAAGAAAGUGGGCGAGCGAGAGAGAGGGAGCGAGAUUGGUGAGUUGGGAAAGUGCGCGGGUAGCGCGGAGUUCAGUGGCUGCAUCCCCCACGUUUUUGUUUUGGUCAAUAAAAGUAUCCAUACAGAGCCAUCCGACGCCUCUCGGUGUUUUUAUGCAUGCCGCCGCCUUCCUGCGGAGGAAAUCGGACGAACCGACGACAACGAGGUAAGUGAAUCGCUGGUUCACUUGAAAACACCGCCAAUUACCAAAAAGGGCAGAAUUGGUGACACGUGAAAGUGGCAUAAAGCCAAAAAAGCGGACCAAAAUAGCCAGAGCCUGGAAUUAUUUCUAGGAAAAUAUGGAGGGUGCCACUGUGUGUACUCUUUACUAAGCGGAGCUCGCAUACCACGGUAGCACGUCGGCUAUGAACGAACACUUGAAGCGCCGUCACCAAAGUAUAAUUUUCGAAGACAACAAGAAACAACAAGCUAGCGGAUUGUAAGUACAUACAACUUUCUGACGAUUUUUAAAAAAUGGAAGUUACCUUUAUGUGCGUCGUAUC